AUGACUUGGGAAGAUGAGCCCUUCUCCGUUGCUGUCCAUCCGUACCCCUCCCGCACCCGCAAGAGCGCCGCAUACGAGCUGGGCAACACCAACGCAAAGAACGCCCUGAUAUUCAUCGGCGGACUGAAAGAUGGCCCUCACACUACGCCUUAUAUUCGGGCAGUGGCCAACAUCAUUGAGAAGCGCGACAACCUCGACUACUCAGUCUUUGAGAUCCGCUUGAGGAGCUCUUGGUUGGGCUUUGGAACCUCAAGCUUGAAGAAUGACGUUGAAGAUAUAUCAGCUUUGGUGAAGUAUCUCAGGGGAAAGGGCAAGCAAAAGAUUGUCUUGAUGGGGCAUUCGACCGGCACGCAAGACUGCAUGGAGUACACGAACUAUGCGAAGCACGGGGCUGAGCCUGUCGAGGGCUUCAUCCUGCAGGCACCUGUCUCUGACCGCGAUGGCCUCGAUAUUGUAGCCCCAAACUGGAAGGAGUGCCUCGCUACAGCGGAUCAGAUGAUAGCAGACGGCAAAUCGGAUUGGUGCAUGCCCAAGGAUAAGGUACCCAACGUGCUUGGGGCUCCCAUCACUGCCUACCGACUCAGGUCGUUGAUUGCCAAGGAUGGUGACGACGAUUACUUCUCUGCCGAUCUGGAAGACGCCAAGGUGCGCAAGUACUGGGGUCGCUUCAAGGCACCAGUGCUGGUGCUGCACUCGGAGAAGGACGAGUUUGUCCCUGACGAUAUUGACCAAGCAGCUCUGAACAAGCGAUACAAGGAAGCCAGCCCAAUGGUGAGCCCACUUUCAGACCUCAUCCCCAACACUGGGCACACAGUGCUCGAGGAUGAGGCUAGGGAGUGGUUGGGGAAGAAAGUGUGCGAAUUCCUCGAGACACUGCAGUGA